UGAAGUAUAAUAAUAUUCUCUACUGUGUACAAUUGUGUAUAGUUUUUGUCAUAAAAUUAUUUUAUAUUUCACUAGUGACUUAUGACGCAAAUAAUAUUUCUCAAAGAUCAAAGUAUCGUAAAGUCAGAAAUAAAAAAAAUUCAAAUGAAUAGAGCUAUCAAAAAUUGUUCAAUUUUGAAAAUUAGAUUCUUCGCGUCUUUCUUCUGUGAAAAGCAUCACUCGCGUUGAAACAAGGUAGUAAUCAUCGACUGAAAUGGAACUUCAUUUGCGUUUAAGACAGAUCAUCGAUGGAAUCUUUUUAAUUUAUGACACUUAACAUUAGAAGAGAAAUUCCGAUUUUCUCGAGCCAUUUGUAUCAAAUACCACAGCGAUUAAUUAAAGUAUCGUUGCUAACUGCGAGGAGAACGUAUUAUCUCCGUUGGAAAUGGAAUCUCUCUCGCGGCCGGUGUGGUUCUUUUGUGCCUCUCGACUUAGACGAUUUCGAGAGACCGGUUUCCAUCCGCAGGUAUUCGCAAACCUGGCGGCGUAUCCCCCCUCUCGACGACGUGUUUUGGACGACCACUAACGACGUAGAUAAGAAUAAAGCGACGAGACAGAGAAAGAGAGGAAAUACCAAUAUGUUCGAAGAAGAAAGAACUGUAAUUUAUAUCGAACUGGUCGUAGGUGGUGCGUCUCAUUAAAGCAGAGGAAAUGAUCGUGGAUGAAUGAACGGCGUCGUGUAGGUGGAUGAGAUUGCUGGCGGACGACGACGGCCAGAACAAAAGUGAAAUGUUCCACUUGUGUGUGCCAGGUAUUUUACGUAACUGAAGUGCCUUGCAUUUUUUGCAUUAAAUAUCCCCGAGGCAAUCUUUUAAAACGAACCAGUUUGUACCAUGAUCACCGUUCAACAGGAAAGAAAACAACGAUGAAAAAGAAGAUUGCAAUAAGGUUGCAAGAAAUUGUUCAAGGCAAACGUGAACUGACAUCCGGUUUUGAAAGCAGAAAAAAAAGAUCUUACUUACAAGAAGUAGGAGGAAAAGAUAAUGAAAAAAAAGCUGAGAUCCGAUUUAGAAGGAAUAAUUAA